CGGUUGUCUAGUCGUUGCUGGUGGGGAGUGCGGCUCACUAAAGAUAACCCAGUUUGUGCUACCUGCCAUUUCAAGGCCUCCCCUCCUCCUGGCCUCUACCGGAGCCCCAGCUCUGCUCCGUAGGUCACCAUGGGGAAUCACUUGACUGACAUGGCACCCACAGCCUCAUCCUUUUUGCCUCACUUCCAGGCCCUGCAUGUUGUGGUCAUUGGGCUGGACUCAGCUGGGAAAACGUCCCUUCUUUACCGCCUCAAGUUCAAGGAGUUUGUCCAGAGUGUCCCCACCAAGGGCUUCAACACUGAGAAGAUCCGAGUGCCCUUGGGGGGGUCCCGUGGAAUCACUUUCCAAGUGUGGGACGUUGGGGGUCAGGAGAAGCUGAGGCCACUGUGGCGCUCCUACACCCGCCGGACAGAUGGGCUGGUGUUUGUAGUGGACUCGGCAGAGAUUGAAAGGUUAGAGGAGGCCAAGGUGGAGCUACACCGAAUCAGCAAGGCUGCAGACAACCAGGGGGUGCCCGUGCUGGUGCUGGCCAACAAGCAGGACCAGCCGGGGGCACUGAGUGCAGCCGAGGUGGAGAAGAGGCUGGCAGUCCGGGAGCUGGCAGCUGCCACACUCACCCAUGUACAAGGCUGCAGUGCCGUGGACGGGCUGGGCCUGCAGCCAGGACUGGAGCGCCUGUAUGAGAUGAUUCUGAAGAGGAAGAAGGCACCUCGGGCAAGCAAGAAGAGACGGUGACGCGAGGCUGCCCCUACCUUACCUACUAGGGGUCAGUACUUAGGAUAGUCCCGCGGGGCCUGUGACCUCUCAGCCAGCCUGGGUGCUGGACCUGUCCACCUCAAAAGGACUGAAGGAGCAUGGGGGAGUCCAGUUUUGGUGCCACAUGGGGGAGGGGAGAUGAAGUGUCUUCUCUGCUCUUCACCUCUAGAGGGUGGGGGCUGAGACCUGAGAUGUAAAUGUAAACACUGACUCUACCUCGACCGUUUCUUUCCCUAGCGUUUUAUUUGGAUUUGUUUGUUUGUUUGUGUUUGUUUUUGCAAGGGGAGGGUGUGCAGAAAGUUUCCCAGAGAAUGCAUUUGGGAUGAACGGAGAACAUCUUCCCUCCACCCCAUAGUUGGGGUGGGGGUCUCCUCAGCUGCUUUUCUAGUCACAAUCUUUUUGUGUCUGUGAAAGUGCCAAGAAUCCUCCCCAUGCUUGUAAAUGUCCAGGCCUUUUUAUAAGCCUUGUGUGUCCUCUGUUAUUACUGUUUUUUAGCACUCGCCUGUAAGUUAUUAAAGCUCGAUGAUUCUAGC